AUGGAUUAUUUUUAUAAUGUUACAUAUAUAUCUUUGGAAGGGCACGUGGAGUUGGAGAAAUAUAGAUACGUUUAUUUCAUAAUUUGCCUCACAGUUUAUACACUGAUCAUUUUUUGUAAUGUUGUUGUCAUUUCUAUUAUUUACACAAACAAUUGUCUCCAUGAGCCGAUGUACAUAUUCACUGCUGCUUUACUUUGCAAUGCUCUUUUUGGAACAACUGCCUUAUAUCCUAAAGUACUGAGUGAUUUUCUGUCUGAAAAACAAGUUAUCUCUCAUGGAGCCUGUCUGUUUCAGGCCUUUUGCCUUUAUACAUAUUCUACAUCGGAGUUCACACUGUUAUCAGCUAUGGCCUAUGACAGAUAUGUGUCCAUAUGUAAACCAUUACAAUAUGCAACUCUUGUAAAAAUGUCCACUGUGAAAAAGCUCUUAUUUUUCUGUUGGUUUGUACCUUCCUGUGAAAUGGGCAUAUCAAUAAUACUGUCAAACAGACCGCUGUGUACAUUUAAAUUAAACAGAAUAUAUUGUAAUAAUUACUCAAUUGCAAAAUUAGGUUGUGGGGACAUAUCUGAUAUGAGUACAUAUGGACUGAUUCUUUUACCCAUUGCUGUCUGUCCACCACUGAUCUUCAUAAUCUACUCAUAUGUUAGAAUACUUGAAGUCUGUUUACAGAAUUCAAAAGAGUUCAGAAGAAAAGCUCUACAAACUUGCUUCCCACAUUUUGUCAUUUUCAUUAAUUUCUCUGUUACUGCAUGUUUUGAAGUGAUCAACACCAGAUUAGAAGGAAAUAUAACUCACUUCCCUCAUAGUAGGACAGGUCCAUCCCCUCAGCAGAUUCAGCAGGAGACCUCAUCUCUGUCACUGGUUGUGAAGCUUGAAUUGCUGGCCUUUGCCUAG